CCUUUAAAAUACAACAAAAAUCUAAAUCUAAUUAAAAAAAAAAACAAAAAGUGCAAGCGCAAAGCCACAAAUACGCAUACACAUACGAGCAUACGGUUAAUUAGUGGCAAAUAGUAAAAUUAACGAUUUGUGAAAAUCAGCAACGGAUUCAACCGAAAACACCGAUUGAGACACCAGCAGCAAAUUGUGAUUCGGUUUUUGCGGGGGGAGGGGGCGCAGUAGAGCAGCAGGUAAAAGUGGGAGCGGGAGCAAAAUCAGCCUCACACCUUGCGUGGGCCCGAACCGUCGGCUGAACACGGCUGACACACAGAGAGACACACCUACGUAAUGGCCAGCCAACUGGAUGCCAAUGUCAAGGACGAUCUGAAAACGCAAUUCGUAACGCGAGAGGGCACCUACCGAUUGCUCACACUUUCCGAGUACUCGCGUCCCAAUCGGGUGGGCUACAGUAGCAAUCAAAGUUCGCCCCAGGUUCGCGUCUCCAUUGUGACGCUUCCAAAUCCGGCUCAUGGCAGUAGCAAUAGCAACAGGGUGUCCAAUGAGCCGGCGGCGCCAUCAUCUCCAGCAACGACAACAACAACAACUGCAGCAGGAACCACAACAACAAUAUCAACAACGACAGGCGGUAAUCGGACGCACUCCUCCAAUGGCGGAGCAACUACUAGCACUCCAACAACAGCAUCCACCAACACAACACCAACAACAACCACCUCGCCGGCAACAACAAGCAACGGGGGAGCUGGCGGCGAUAGUAACUAUAACAACAACAGCACAGUGGACGCCCGCCUGGGUGGCGGUAUCUCCAUGCACUCCAUGAUGAAUGGCAGCGUAAUCGACCAGAAUGGCAUGGCCACCAAUCCAAUAAUAGGAGGCGAUCGCAUUUGCUUUAACUUUGGUCGCGAUCUCUAUGUCUAUGCAUUUCGUGGAGCCAAAAAGGGCACCGAGAUGAGCAAACCGAUCGAUAAAAAGUUCUACAAGGGAACAAAUCCUAGCUGUCAUGAUUUUAAUGCGAAUGCAGCAACACCAACAGGUGCACCACUUUUGGUUGGCUUCACAACGGGACAAAUACAAUUGGUUUCCCCACAGGCGGGACCACGGGAGCUACGCAAACUUUUCAACGAGGAGCGUCUCAUUGACAAGACCAAAGUGACCUGCCUGAAAUGGCUACCAAAUUCGCCACAUUUAUUUCUCGCCUCGCACGCCUCGGGUCAUUUGUAUCUGUACAAUGAGGAACUGCCGUGCGCUGCCACUGCGCCCAGCUAUCAACCAUUCAAAAUGGGCGAUGGCUACACGAUACUCACCUGCAAAUCAAAGUCCACACGCAACCCGCUCUACAAAUGGGUUUUUAGCACCGACAAUUGCUGCAUUAACGAAUUCUGCUUCUCGCCAUGCGGCUCCCAUUUGGCUGUGGUCUCUCAGGAUGGCUUCCUGCGUGUCUUUCUGUAUGACACCAUGGAGCUAUUGGGCAUAGCACGUUCCUAUUUCGGUGGCUUCCUCUGCGUCUGCUGGUCGCCCGAUGGUAAAUACAUUGUUGUGGGUGGCGAGGAUGAUCUAGUGACUGUGUGGUCACUGCAGGAGCGCCGUGUGGUGGCUCGCGGCCAGGGCCAUCGCUCAUGGGUUUCGGUGGUGGCUUUUGAUCCAUAUACCACCUCAUAUACGAAUUGGGAUGGCGGUGACUUCAGCGAUGAUGAGAAUCAGUUGAAUGAGUAUACGGCCUCGCGGGAAGCACGCUUCUCGGGCGACUCUACGGCAAAUGGCGGAUUCGAGGGAUUUGAUAAGAACUCCACGCCUCUACAUGGUACGGCCAGGGCACGUCCGCAUUCAGCCUCAUUUCGAUCCGAUGCUUCGUCGGCGGCGCUGGCGCCUGAUAAGCUCGCCAUUAGUUAUCGACUGGGUUCGGUUAGCCAAGACACACAGAUCUGCCUAUGGGAUAUUACAGAAGAUGUACUCAGACAUCCGUUGGCCCUGCGUCAGCGGGUGAACAGCACCCAAUUAAAUGGCGGUAUUGAUGCCGAUGGCAUUAAGCUGAUACGUCCCGUGGCUAUGGGUCAGGCUAGACAACGAGCGGAUUCUGGCAGCUGUAGUCCCAGUAGAGAGGCAGCUGGUGGUAAUGGUGCUGGUGGUGGGGCUACGGAGCACAGUAAUAGUAGCUCCAGUAAGUUCUCCACAGCCAACUGCACAAUUUCCUCUCAAUCCUCAACACCACCCGAUGACUGUGAAACGGAUGGCGCUACACCGUCUUCGAUUGGACCAACUCCAGCAGCAGCAGCAGCAGGAGCGAAUGCAUCCAAGUCCCAUACAACUCGAGGGCAUGGCACGAGCAAUUCUAUUAAAUUUCCUAAUUGCAUCAGUACCACCAAAUCGGACAGCAUUGAUGGACAACAGCAACAACAGCGAUCAUCAUAUACCACAUCCGGCUAUAAUAGCAAGACUUCCAAUAGCUCGACCAAGUCCUCAAAUUCUGGAAGCGGUGGCGGUUUUAGCGCCUUUAAUAGUCUAACCCAGCGUCUGUCUAACUUUAGUUUCCUGAAUAACUCGGAUAAAAAGUCAUCGACUCUGAACUUUGAAGGAAGCGUUAGCUCCUCUACUUCACAUCGCCAGCACCGCAAGGCCAUGAGCAUGCUGAAGAGUUACCAACAGCAUAAUAAUCACAGCAAUAGUAACAACAGCAGCUCCUCGAAUUUUGGCAAUUCCAGCACGUUGGAAUCAUCGACAUCGGGCACGGGUACAGCUUUAAUUGGCAGCAGCUCAACGGCCCAUAGCUUUGGUUCUCUUAAGCUGGGCAAAUCCACGCAUAACUCCACCAGUGUUAGCAGCUUUGAUCCUAUGAAAUUAAUUGGCACACCCGCCUGUCCGCGUUUCGAUGAGUGUCCGCUUCUGGAGCCGCUUAUCUGCAAGAAAAUAGCCCAUGAGCGUCUAUCGGCCUUAAUAUUUCGUGAAGAUUGCUUUCUUACAGCAUGUCAGGAUGGAUUUAUCUAUACAUGGGCAAGGCCGGGCCAUGCAACACAUGCAACUCAACACUUGUCGCCCAGUCAAACAGCGCCUCCCGGUGGCACGGUUAUUUAGUUUAAUAAAAUAGACAUGGUCAACUAUCAGCGUAAUCUUGUCAAGCAGCAGCAGCAGCUGUAUCUCGCGGAUGUGGAUGCAUGCAGUGUCGGUGAUCUAGGUUAAAGCUAGGCGAUUCAUUUCGAUAAUACAAUAUUUUUUGAAUAGACAGAG